AUGCUGGGCCUGGUAUUGCACCGCUUUAUAAAGCUGGCUAUCACGAUAGCUUCAGUUAUCAUCUUUAUUCUCAGUUCGCUAUCAAUUGUGGGAUACCAGUUUAUAGCCAACAUUGUAUGGAAGGAUGAAGUUGUGAGACGACAAACGCAUCUAGAUCGUAGUAAGAAGAUUUUUAUCCUGCUGCUGGUUACAAUUCUGAGAAUUGUAGCACCAUCUAGGAUUCGCAUUACGACUGAGAAUAAAAGUAUUGCUAAGGGAACGUUUAUGAGAGAUGUACAAACUGGCGGGAUCACUUCGAAACUCGCAAGAAACUCGGUGAUAAUAUCGAACCAUCAAAUAUACACAGAUUGGGUAUUUUUAUGGUGGUUGACAUACACAGGAAAUUUAGCGGGAAAUGUGUAUAUUAUGCUGAAGAAGUCGCUUGAAAGUAUACCAAUUAUGGGUUAUGGAAUGAAGAAUUACAAGUUCAUAUUCAUGAACAGACGAUGGGAAAAGGACAAAGUGAACAUGGCCAAUCGAUUUGAAGAAAUGGAUCUCAACGCCCGGGGCAUUGGUUCUCUGGCGCAAAAGACCAACUCCGAAAUUUCUCAAAUACAUUGGCCCUAUUCCCUUAUUUUGUUUCCAGAGGGAACCAAUUUAAGUGCCAAUACGCGCAGUAAGAGCGAUUUCUACGCCGAAAAAAUCAAUCGCACUUUUCUGAAGAACGUUCUUUUACCAAGAAUUACUGGCCUUCGCUUCUCCCUGCUGUGUUUGCGUGAAAGUUGCGAAGUUGUCUAUGACGCUACCAUUGGGUAUUCUGGCGUAAAGAAGGACGAAUAUGGUCAAGACAUUUACAGGCUCGGUAACAUCUUCCUCAGGGGACAAGCUCCAAAGAUAGUCGACAUCCAUUUACGUGCUUUCAAAUUAUCUGAAAUCCCCAUCGAUGAUGAUGAAAUGUUCACAGAAUGGUUAUUCAGAGUUUGGCGUGAAAAAGAUGAACUUCUUGACACAUUUUACGCUAAGGGAUCUUUCGACCUUGACCCUGAUCUCAAUCAUACUGUCGUGGGAUGGUGUACCAUAAAGACAAGCGAAAUGCUUCUAAUAGUGACAUUGCCUCUUUUAUUGGCCUUUAUGGUAGUGUAUUCCAUUUCCAAACACUUUUUAAGGAUUUUCACAUGA